ACAACUCAGCAGGCUGGUGUUGUUAUCGUAUUCUGCUUGGGUUUUCACACUACCACUGCACUGACAAUGAACUUCGUCGUUUCUGUUUUGUUGCUGGCAGUGCUGCCCUUCGUUGUUCUCUCGCAGGAUGUACCCCCAUUUACAGAAGAUUGUCGGUUUGAUGUAUACCCACCAAAACUCGAAACCGCUGUACCAAACUACGUGAUCAACCUGGACUUGGAUCCAAAGGACAGAUGGAAUGAAGUCAUGAAGGACAAGGCACAAGAGGACAAAAUUGUUUCCACACUACCAGCUCCAUAUAAUGAAGAAAUUAUUGGUAUAGCAGCACUAGUGGCCCUUCCUUCAGGUGAAGUCGUGUUGUACAAUGUAUUUUAUGAUUUCACACUCUGCACAUCCAUUAUUGCAGAAGAUGAACAAGGAAAAUUAUACCAUGCUAGAAAUCUGGACUUUGGUUUGUUCCUGGGAUGGGACACCGGAAACGACACAUGGUGGAUUACGGAGACGUUACGCCCAAUCACAAUCAAUGUAGACUAUCAGCGGGCUGGUAAGACUGUAUACAAAGCAGUCCACUUUGCAGGAUAUGUAGGUGUACUCACUGGUAUUAAACCGAAUGUAUUCACGGUCACAAUGAAUGAGCGGUUUAAUCUAAAUGGUGGAUUUAUUGGGUUUAUUGAAUGGGUAUUGGGUGAGAGGGAUGCUAAAUGGAUUGGAUUUAUCACCAGGGAUGCACUAGAUAGCAGUAACAGUUUCAGUGAAGCUAAAGACCUAUUGGUAAACAGCAAAGUCUUGGCACCAACGUAUUUCAUUCUGGGUGGCAACCAAUCAGGAGAAGCGGUUGUUAUCACCAGAGAUAGGUUGAAAGCAGAUGACGUCUGGAGUAUGAAUGAAACCGGCCAUUCAUGGUUCAUCUUGGAAACUAACUACGAUCACUGGAAAGCGCCUUUGUUCAUAGAUGAUCGGAGAACACCAGCAACAAAAUGCAUGAAAAAACUAACACAGAAGAAUGUUGGGAUUCCUGGUAUAUUUAAUGUUUUAAGUACAAAGCCGAUGCUGAAUAAGCUUACAGCUUACACAGCAAUUAUGCAAGUCAAUGCUGGAACACUGGAAACUAACCUGCGCUACUGUCCCAGUCCAUGCUGGCCAUUUUAAACAUAAACAACUAAAAGUUUGAACCCAAUUUCAUUCUUA